AGCAGGAUGCCAUUGCCCUGGAGUGAAUCUGCAGGGCAGUGCAGGCAGGGAGGAGCCGAGAGCAGGAAGCUGGACUUCACCAGGAGGAGGGGACCAACAGCGGGUUUUGUUGCUAGUCCAAGGGAACUCAACCCUCCUCCAUGGGGACUUGGUGGGGACAUAGUGGGGCUGCAGAAGGACAAGUUAGGAUCACGUGGCAGCUGGCUUUUCUUGGGAUGCACCCUGGUGUGUCAGGCAGAUUGAAAAGGGAGAGGCUUGUGUCCUGAUCCAGUAGGGCAGCAAAGAUGGCUGAGGAGAAAGUCAUGACAGAGACCUUCCAUAGACCCCCUGAGCAGGAGGAGGGCAGCCAUGGUUAUCUGGGAGCUAGAGAGGGCCUGGCUGUGAUGGGAGAGGACACUGGUCUUGAAUGAGGCUGACGAGUCAGUGGGGGUGGGCAUCUGGGGGAAUGCAGAAUUGGCAUGGGAUUGUGCAGUCACCUGUGUGGGGACAGAUAGGAAUAGCAGCAAGAGUUCCAGGAAUAGGGGGUUUCUCCUGGCUACAGCGUCAGAAAUAAUUCUCACACAGCAGGGAUGACUGAAUUCGAGAAAGGGGCUAGUCUGCUUCACACAAGUCCCCGAGUGGUAUCUAGUCUAUGAAAGCUGAGAGCCAGCCUCCUGUAUGAUCAGUGUAGGACCGCAGAACCAGCCAACAGGAGUUAGGGGCUCAGCUGGAGACUGAGGAGUUGCUGUUGGAGAACUGGGAGGCGGAGCUGGAGCUGACCAGGCCCCAGCACAGCCAGAGUGGGGAAGCGGCUGCCACACUUUCUGCUGAGGUGUCAGCAUGGAGCACAGUGCGGCCUCCGCCCCUGCUACACUGCCGUACUAUGUGGCCUUCUCCCAGCUGCUGGGCCUCACAGUGGUGGCUGUGACUGGUGCGUGGCUGGGUCUGUACCGAGGUGGCAUUGCCUGGGAAGGCUCCCUGCAGUUUAAUGUGCACCCGCUCUGCAUGGUCAUAGGCAUGAUCUUCCUGCAAGGAGAUGCUCUGCUGGUAUACCGCGUCUUCAGAAAAGAGGCCAAACGCACGACCAAGGCCCUGCACGGGCUGCUUCAUGCUGUUGCCUUCAUCAUUGCCCUGGUGGGCUUGGUGGCCGUGUUCGACUAUCACAAGAAGAAGGGCUAUGCUGACCUGUACAGCUUGCACAGCUGGUGUGGGAUCUUAGUCUUUGCUCUUUAUUUUGUGCAGUGGCUCGUGGGUUUCGGCUUCUUCUUGUUCCCUGGAGCUUCGUUCUCUCUGCGGGGCCGUUUCCGCCCCCAGCACAUCUUUCUUGGUGCCACCAUCUUCCUCCUUUCUGUGGGCACAGCCCUGCUGGGCCUGAAGGAGGCGCUGCUCUUCAAGCUUGGGACCAAGUACAGCACGUUUGAACCUGAGGGGGUCCUGGCCAAUGUGCUGGGCCUGCUGCUGAUCUGUUUUGGGGUGGUUGUACUCUACAUCUUGGCUCAAGCUGACUGGAAGCGGCCUUCCCAGGCUGAAGAGCAAGCCCUCUCCAUGGACUUCAAGACACUGACAGAGGGAGACAGUCCCAGUCCCCAGUGACAGCCUUGGGUGCUCCUCCUGGUUCUGUGGGUUCCCAGAUGUCCUUCUGCGCCUCCCUGCAGAGCCUGAGUCUUUAGGUCCAGGAGUGCGGGGCUGCGGUGUUAAUUUGGUGGGGUUCCAGGUUUUGGGGCUGUCCUCUGCGUUCCCUUCCUCGCUUGCAGUUUUUGAUGCAUUCUGUGGCCCAUGUGUGGGCCCUGCCUGUACCCCGUUACCCAUUCACAUGCAGAAAAAUUGGUCAGGGGACCUAGGGGUCAAGCCUGGUCCUGAUCCUUAGAGGAGCUGGACUAUAUAUAGCUCCACCCACCAGGCAGCAGAUGGCUGGGUUGAGCCUGAGGGACUGGCAUGGUAAAGCCAAGACUUCUGCUUGUGCAUUCGACCCAGGAGUCCUAGCAGCUCGGGAAGCACACGCCCUCAGCAGUAGAGCAUGUGAUAUUAUGUGUAAAGUAUGCUGGUGUUCAGAAUAUGGUUCCCCAGAGGGGUUCAGUCCGGCCCCUGAAGGAGCCCUGCCAUGUGGCUUGGCCACAGAACCGGACCUUUCUGUUCUUUAAUUCCUGAGCCUUAAACAGGCUUUUCUGGGAAGAGGAUAGAUGCUCUGGGUGCAGGUACAUACCUGCCCUGGUGGGUGAGGGCGGGGCUGCUGGCAGUGAGGGGCCUCCUGGCCUCCAGCCACCCUGGCAGUUCUUCCUGCCAUGGGGAGUUGAGCCCUGGUUCCUUCUGCAGGCCAGCCCAGGCAGGCUCUCGGAGGAGAGGCCACAUGCCUCCUGGGUUUUUAGAGGGGUCCUGCUGUUUGUCUUGCUCUCCGGGGAGCUGCUGGGGUGCCCUGGCUUGCCUGAAGCAACCAUGGAGGGUCACUGUCCUCCCACAUCUGGGUCCAUCUUUGCUGGACAAUAGGACUGAAUUUAAGAAGAGGAACGGGAUCUGUCUCCUGUGGCAUCUGCACACGGCUUCAACCCCUACUGCCUGUUGUGUUGUUAGCUGAGUCACUGUUUGGCUAGAGUCUAGAAAUAAUGUGAUUAGAGCAAUGAUCUUGUGCUUCUUGGGCUUGGCAAAUGCUCUCUCCUCUUGGUCUUUGAGGAACAUCGUGCUUUGUGACAGAUAUGGUUAACUUAACCAGCCUGACAAUUCCUUUAGGUCAACAGGCUGGCCUUCUGUCAGAUUUCUAGUAACUGUGCCAUUUUUCCUGCUUCGGGCGAUGUCUCUUUCCCCAGAUGUGGUGGAGCCCCUCUCCCUGGGCUGCCCAUCACCCUGGCCCCCCCUUCCAUCUCUCCACUUGUUGAGGUUGGCCUCCAGUUUCAGCUGCAUGUGCCUCAAGGCUAGGGCUCCUACCAGCUCUUUCCUCAGCCGGCACACUUGUGUAGUCAGUGUUUACAUGCGGGAGACUGGUCGUUAGACAAACCAAGACCACUUGAGUCUCCCUUGCCAGACUACACAGAAAAUUAGAACUUAGCCUGUAAACUAGUCUUUUUGCCAAAGUGUGUGAUACAUGACUAAGGACCAAAGAAGGCCCCCAAGCAGAUGUGUGCGGUUUCUUGUUUGCCUGUGGCCUGCCUCCUGUGACGCAGUGUGUUGUUGGUGCAACAGAUGAAUCAAUAAAUGUCUACAGCAGA